CGGUGAAGACUUCCUACAACAUGUGGCUGGGCCUGACACUGGCGCUGCUUUCGGCCUUUCUGAUUGGUGGAAGUGUCAUUCUGAAGAAGAAAGCUCUGCUGCGAUUGGCCAGCAACGGCCACACCAGAGCAGGUGACGGAGGAUACGGCUACCUGAGGGACUGGCUGUGGUGGGGCGGCCUGCUGACCAUGGGGGCGGGGGAGGUGUGUAACUUUGCUGCCUACAUGUUCGCCCCGGCCACGUUGGUGACUCCGCUGGGCGCUCUGAGUGUCCUCCUCAGRGCAGUUCUGUCCUCCUACCUGUUGGGGGAGGUGUUGAACGUUGUCGGGAAGCUCGGCUGUUUCCUGUGCAUCCUGGGCAGCGUUUUGUUGGUGAUUCACGCUCCACAGGAACAGGAAGUGAAGUCACUGCAGGAGAUGUCCAACAAGCUGCUGGAGCCCGGUUUCCUGGCCUACGUUGUGGCAGUGCUGGUCCUGUGUGCGGUGCUCGUCUUGUAUUUCUGCCCUCGGUCUGGUCYGUCCAACAUCCUGAUCUACAUCAGCAUCUGUUCGCUGCUGGGAGCCUUCACCGUGUCAUCGGUGAAGGGCCUCGCCAUCGCCAUCAACACCGUGGUUUAUGAUAUUUCAGUGCUCGCUCAUCCUCUCACCUGGAUCCUGCUCCUGACGUUGAUCGUUUCCAUAGUAACACAGGUAAACUACCUGAACAAGUCUCUGGACACCUUCAACACGCUGCUGGUCUACCCCAUCUACUACGUCCUCUUCACCUCGGUGGUCCUGUCCACCUCCAUCAUCCUCUUCCAUGAGUGGAGCAACAUGGCUGCCGUGGAUGUGGUCACCACACUAGGCUCCUUCCUGGUCAUCGUGGUGGGCGUGGCCAUGCUGCACCUGUUCAGGGAGCUGCAGAUCACCAUGAAGCAGCUGACCAAUCAGCUUUCUCAGCCAGUGGAGAGGGAGGGGCUUACAGAGGAAGUCUCAGCCAGUGGAGGGGGAAGAGGCGGGGGGAAUAAAAAAGAAGAUAAAUACGGACUGAUUGACAACGUAGUGAUAGAGAGUCUGCCUCCUAUGAGAGACGAGGGGCCGAGGGUCUUCAUCAUCAGCUGAAGAGGAGGAGGAGGAGACGUUUCUGACUGUUACUGUCGUUUUCAGCACUUUUUAAACUUUCAGAAGUUUAGUUUAAGAACAUUUCACUUCACCUGUCUCCAUCAGGUUGAAACGUUUAGCUCAGAUCUGAGCUCAUUUCAGCAAACAGCUGAAAUAUUUUCACACAAAAAGUACAAAAUAUGAAUAACAUUUAAAACCAUAAAAUAUAAACAAUCAGAAAAAAUGAUCAAAAUGAAAUUUGUGCAAAGAUGUCAAAGAAGUAAAAACUGUAUAUAAAAUAUAUAUAAUAGUUUUGACAGACAAGUUUGAUCAAAAGUUUUUAUUUUCAUUUCAGCUGUUCUGAUCUAAACUCAGAUCUUUGAUGUUUUAAGUAUUUAUUUAGUGUUUUUAUAUAUUAACUGUGAUUUAAAACAUCUUGCUCUUGAAUGUUUUAUGAUUUAUGGAGAAAUAAUCCUCAAAAUGUUUUUGUCAGCAGAAGUUAAAAUGUGAUUUGCUGCUUUUCUUUUUGUGGUGCCAGAAAACCAGAGCAGAGUGAGACCUCCUUCCCACUCUUUGAUUGUUUUUAUUUUGAAACGUGUUCCUCUGAGCUGAAGACCGGAGCUGAUGAAGCAAACGGUUCUGACAGAUGUUGGGACUGAAGAUGUUUCUGCUGAAGACGAGUCGGUUCAUGAAGCUCAGAGGAACAAAGCUUCACAUCUUUAUUAAAAUCAUUGAAAAAACUGAAA